GGUUCAAGCCUAUGGGCGUUUGUGUGAUGCUCUCCAAUUUUUUCUUGCUUUUUAUUAAACUAGACCUUCUGAAAUUUCUCACGGUGACGAUUGGCAAGAGGAGUUUGCCAAAAUCCUUAACUACGACCAACGAUUAAAAACGGUAGAGUAGUCAUAGAUGGAUCGGCACACUGUGAUCUUAGAACACUCAUAGACCAAGGACCAGCGAUAUUGCCAGACAGUGUUUGGAGUUCUCACUUACUUCGAUUUUCAUAUUAGCUGACGUCGAAAAAGCCUAUCCGAACAUAAAUUCAAGUGGUACAAAUCAUGUCAAAAGGGUUGAAAAACAAUGUUACAGCCAUUACACUGGACAAAUAUCAAUAUACGGGUCCGACACAUUCCUUCUUCUCUAUCGAGUCACGGAAGAAAAAAUUUGAUUAUUAUAACUAACAUAA